AUGACAGCCAACCAGCACCGUCAGUUCCGGCAUUGGCCUGUCACAAAAAAAAGAAAGACGGCCAUGCACGCGUGCGCCUGCAUGCUGCAGUCCGAGAUCAAUACUCACCCGCCCUCCCAAUCGCAUACCUUGAACUUGCUACCUGCAGGCUGCAGAUGGCCUGUCAACGGACGGCUCGCCGACCCUGUCGCGUCUGCAACCUCGACCACGCCCUCCACCGCUCCCAUCACCACGACGCCCGACUCGAUUGCAAACCCCGGCCGCAACAGCUCGAGUCAACUUCAGUGGCUCGCUAGCGCACCUUGCGGCCUGGCGUUGGAGCCCAAAACCCGCCCACACGGUCGGGAACGCACGCCCUCUGCAAGAUGGUGGGCUGGUGGCUGGCCCCUGCAAGUCCGUCCGCUCCCCGCUCCCCCAAUGCAUCCGAAAAGCGCAACACAGAACCCCGAAAAAGAAAGCUGCAUGCCAAAGAGAGAAGAGGAGACGUGGGUCGCUGACCUUGUCUUCGUCGACCCGUCAACCCUGUCUGGUCGAUUUGACUCCUGUUGA